AAAGCUUUACCCAGUCAACUAUGUAGCUGUGAGCCUAACCAUGUGACUCUGUAGUAUUUUUUCUUAGAUUGUUUUGAAGAGUGAUUGAGUUUUUUUUUAUAAAUUUGUUCGGCUUCGGUUUUGAAAAUAAACACAACACAAAAAUGGGAACAGGAUCAAAAACAACCUAUCAACCUCCUGAAUGGCUAACAUCCGACUUUCUUCAAGACGUUCUCAAGGAAUAUUUUAAAGACAACACAAUUCUAGUUAAGAAUAUGAUCGUUCAGAGUGCGUGUUCGCCGGGUAAGGUAGAAGGUUUUGCUAGUGAACUUCAUAGGGCAACUUUUAACUUGGUGAGAAAUGCUGAACCUGGGAAAUUUUCUGUUAUCAUAAAAGACCAUCCAAAGGGCUACAGUGGUAUGAUAGCCCAGAAGAGUAAACUAUUUCAUCGUGAAAUUCUCAGCUACAAGGAAAUUCUGCCAAGAAUUGAAGAGCUCUUAGCGACCAUUGGUGAUAGUACUAAAAUUUCACCAGCUUGCUACUACACCACCGAAACUCCUGAACCUUUUUUGAUACUCGAGGACAUGCAAGUUAGUGGAUUCAAGACCUUUGAAAAGCAACGACUUCUUAAUUUGGAUUACGUCCUUCCAACAAUGGAGAAACUUGCGAAAAUGCAUGCUUGUUCGGCAGUAUUGGCUGCAAAAGAUCCCAAGCUAAUGGAAUUCUUUAAUGAAGCUCCGAUUUCAAGAAAUCCAGAUCGCAAAGAUUUUCUGGGAUUUUUUCCGGUUAAUAUUCGUUGUGUAGCCGAAGAAGUUGCCCAAUGGAAGGGUUUCGAAGAAAUCACCGAAAAACUUUUCAAAUUGGCCGAGAAUGUACUGCAGGAAAGUUUGGCAAUGUACGAUACACAUGUGAAUGGAUUUCAAGUUUUCAAUUUAGCUGAUAUUUGGAUAAAUAAUUUGAUGUUUCGAUUGGAUGAUACUAGUUUGGAACCUCAAGAUGUCAUAUUGUUAGAUUAUCAAUUGGCGUAUUUCGGUUCACCAGCAACAGAUAUCAAUUACUUUUUAUUUGGGUCAAUGAAUGAAAAUGUUAGAAAGGUGCAUUUUAAGUUCAUUGUGAGGGAAUAUCACAGACAUUUGAAGGAAACUUUGGAAAAACUGAAUUAUAGUGGAAAGAUUCCUACUCUGAAAGAUAUUCACGUUGAAAUUAUUCAAAAUAGUUUGAUUGGUGUUAUCGCUUCAACUUGUCUCACACCUUUAAUCUUAAUGGAAGCUGAAAGUUUUGAAAAUCUGGAAAACCUUACAAGUCGUACCGAUGAAGGUGAUAAAAUGCGUCGAGAAAACGUUCAGAACUUAAAGUAUCGAGCAUAUUUGCAGAGGACAUUGAAAGAAUUCGAAUUGAGUGGAUUUUUGGAUAUUUAAAAAACGUAAUGUUGUUUGAAAACAAAAAAUAAAGAAAUCCUGGCCAUUGAA